UUUAGAAUUGUCUUCAGUAAGCCUACUCUCCCCUUGUCUGCCACAGGAGGCCGUGGAGGAGGUGACAAGGCACAUCCACUCCCUGUCUGGGAAGAAGGAUGGGCUAGUGCCCAUGUUCAUCAAUACACACAGUGGCCUCUUCACCCACCCAGGAGUGUUCACCUUGGGCGCCAGGGCUGACAGCUACUACGAGUACCUGCUGAAGCAGUGGAUCCAGGGCGGGAAGAAGGAGACACAGUUGUUGGAGGACUACAUUAAAGCUGUUGAGGGGAUACAGGCACACUUGGUACGGCGUUCCCAGCCUGGACAGCUCACAUUUGUGGGAGAACUUGCCCAUGGCCGCUUCAACGCCAAGAUGGACCACCUGGUGUGCUUCCUGCCAGGGACACUGGCUCUGGGCGUCCACCAUGGCCUGCCUGCUGACCACAUGGAGCUAGCCCAGGAACUCAUGGAGACCUGCUACCAGAUGAACCAUCAGAUGGAGACAGGUCUGAGCCCUGAGAUUGCACACUUCAACCUGUACCCUCGGGCACAUAAUCAGGAUGUGGAGGUCAAGCCAGCUGACAGGCACAACCUGCUGCGGCCUGAGACUGUGGAAAGCCUGUUCUAUCUGUACCGCGUCACAGGGGACCACAAGUACCAGGACUGGGGCUGGGAAAUCCUGCAGAACUUCAAUAAGUACACACGGGUCCCCUCAGGUGGCUAUUCUUCUAUCAACAACGUCCAGAAUUCCAAGAAGCCUGAGCCCAGGGACAAGAUGGAGAGUUUCUUUGUGGGGGAGACGCUCAAGUACCUCUACCUGCUGUUUUCUGAUGACCUGAAUCUGAUGAGCCUGGAUACCUGUGUGUUCAACACCGAAGCUCAUCCUUUGCCCAUCUGGACCCCCGCCUAGGGGAUGGCACCUGGCCUGGGGACUGCUUGAGGAUAGAGGUGGCCCUUUUGGGUCUGGGACUUUCGCAGAGCCCAGUAGUCUUGGACAGCCACCAAAUGUGGUGCUCCUGCCCAGCUCUGGGUACCUCCUGUCCCUGCUUUUCAUCAGGGUGGUAGGUGGAACAAGAAUCAAAUCAGUAGGUAUGGGAUUCAGGCUGAACUAGUCUACCAGAUGCCUUCGAUCAUGAAAAUUCAGAUCAUGACUCUGAUUCCUAAGCCUGAUGGACUCUGCUGGCUGACUGCAGGGAGCCUCUCUGGUAGUCCUAAGACCUCUGGUCACCUCCUGGGGCUACUUAGGACCCCAGUGCCUGUGUUGAGUUCAGAGAGAUAGCCCAAGGGGACAGUCUAGAAGGCAGCUGUGCUUGCUAACAACCUGUGAAUGUUCUGACCCACAGGCCUGGUAUGCCACUGUGACCUUGAGGGGCCUUGUGGCUCGAGUGUUUACGGGUUGGACUCAGGGAUCCUCCUGGCUUCCCUACAGGGCUAGCAGGGCCUGGGCCCGUCUUGCUCCCAGGCUACCCUGAUACAAUGUGACUUCUCAGCUGAGAGAAAAAUGGACUUGGUCCCACUAUGACAGGUCCUGUUGUAUAAGGGUAGCAGGGGAGUUUCUCUGGACUGGAAACUCCGGACUGACCUUAGAAGACAGCAAGUUCUCUGGAUCAGACCUCAGUAAUUGUCCCCUAAAGUCAGAACUGCUGUCCGCUGCAGACAGGAAGGGUAGACUUUGGGGAAGGUCUGUAGACAGUCCAAAAAUGCCUAGUUUUUGCUGUCUCAGGAUGGCCUGAUGACAGUCUCCUGCCCCUGCCCCUCAUCCAAAGGGACCCCUUGCUGUCUGAUGGGAGCAAAUGUGUACGUGAGGGAACUACAUGCUCAGCAGCACCAUGUGGCUGGGGAUUCCGUACCUACGCCACACCUUUCUUGGAAUGGGAUGUUUGUACCUUGGGGUCUGAGCCUGUGGAUACAAAGGCAGAGUAGGCCUCAUCCUUGCUCAGUUGUCAGUGGGCUUACCCUGGGCCUUGGCUAAGAUUCCCCGCUCCCAGACCAGGGCAACCCCUUCAGAAAGCCUGGCUCUGUCCUUCUAUCUUAAGCCCAAGAAUUCCUUUGCUUUUGUCUUUUCUGGAAGGUAUCUCUGCAAAGCCAGUCCCCAGGCAGCAGAGGGUAGGGCCAACUGGGUAGAACUUAAGGCACCUCAAGGACAUGCCCACUCCCCGUUUUCAGCUCAGAACAUCUCAGUGGCAACCCCCGCCCUCCUCCCAGGCACAGUAGGUGCCCCAGGGGCUUCCUAUCAAACUCUGGCACACCAAGCCAGCUCUGACCCCAAAGGUGUCUACAAAUGACAUGGCUGGUCAAAUGACAUCAGCCUCAGCCUCAUGUCUAGAGGCUGCCUCCCCAUAUCAAGCUGUAUCUGCUUCCUGGGGCCAGGAGCCCCAUAGACUGGUGAAUGGGCAGGUCUAGGCAACAGUUGAGUCUAUCCCAGAAAUCAGGCUGUGGGUAGGGCCUGAGCAGUUGAAGAAAAUGUAUAUUCUCCAUACCAUGCCUUGACCUCCCAGAUUUACGUAUUCCAGAGGGGGUGCAAAGGGUCAUGAAGAUAGCAACUGCCCUGUGGCCCUCUGUGGGUCAGAUUGGGUAGAGGAUGUCCACAAGCUGAGAGCUCUUGCUGGCUGUGGUGGAACAGAACAGACAACAUGGGAACAGUCCUGGGAGGGGGAGGCUGGUCCUUGGUGAAAACAGAUUUCCCUCCUUGUCAUCCUGAAGCACAAAACCUGAGAGCUGGAGUCCGUGCUUUAUUAAAUGUCUUAACUGGCCUCAGCA